AUGGCGUUACGAAUGGUGCACACCCUAAAUGUCAAAAUCACUCGGUGCUACAAAAGCCACGCCGUACUCUACGUGCACAUCCGCAACUAUCACACGGAGCCACGCUUUGUGUGCGACAUUUGUGCGAAACCAUUCCGUAUAAUGUCAGAGUUCAAGAAGCACAAACUAUCCCACGAAGAUCCGGACAAGCUGAAAAUGCAGUGUCCUCAUUGUAUGAAGUGGUACAAAACCCGUGAAUACUGGCGCGCUCACAUUCGACUGACGCACCGUUCGAAGCAAAAUCAAAUGAUCAAAUGUGAAAAGUGCGAAAAGACCUUUUCUCGCAAGGACAAAAUGCGAGCCCACAUGAAGCACGUCCACGAUGAGCCCACCAAAAAGUGCGAGUAUUGCGAAAAGUGCUUCGUGAAGGACAUUAGCCUGCGGGAACACGUGGCCUCCCAGCACACCGGCGAAGUGCUGUACACGUGCACGUACUGUCCGAAGACGUUCAAUUCGAACGCGAACAUGUUCUCGCACCGGCGCAAAAUGCACCCGGUGGAGUGGCUGGCCGCGAAGGAACGCUCGAAGCGGCCCGGCAACGGGCUGAUUUGGUGGAGAACGUUGCCUCAGAGUCGGCGAACGGAACCAGCAUGCAAAAUGACUAUUGAAAUGGGCCACAUUGGAAAAGCUUCGUAG